AUGGGGAAAAGGGAAAAGCUUGGUAUUGACAUGCUCAUUACUCUCUAUACUAGUAUGGGACACAAAGAUGAUGUCUAUCGUAUAUGGAAUAAAUACAAGAAAAAAGUUAAGCGUCACAAUUCAAGCUAUCAUUGUAUGAUACGUGGACUAGAAUUGUUGGAUGAUCUUGAUGGAGCAGAGGAGAUAUUUGCUGAGUGGGAAACAAACAGGGUACACUUUGACAUUCGAAUUCCAAACUUGCUCAUAAGUGUUUACUGCAAGAAGGGUCAUAUGGACAAGGCUUUAUCAAUCAUAGAGCAACUCGAGGAGAGUGGGAAGCAUCCCAAUGGAAGCACAUGGAAUCGUCUGGCACUCGGUUAUUGUGUACAAAAUGACAUGGACAAGGCAGUGGAUACGAUGAAGAAAGCAAUCUUGGCUAGUCAGCCAGGGUGGAAACCUCACUUUCACAGUCUGGCUUCCUGUGUGAAGUACUUGCAAUCAAAAGGAGAUACUCAAGGAGAAGAAGAGCUUAAAGAUUUACUUAGAGUACGAGGUCUCUGCUCGAAAAAAUUUGAGAGAGGUUUAGAUAAGUAUAUUGAAAUUGGAAAUCGCAAGUCUGAGGCACUUAAUGAAACAGACAUUGAGGAGAUUUGUUGA